CGGAUAAAUUGAACAAUACUAAUAAAAAUAGACAGAUGUGCUUCCUGUUCGAGAGGAUACUCUUCAGUAGUAUCAAGUAAUUUUGGCGCUGAGCCACCGGAUGUAAUUGUAGUCUACGGACAUCUUGACCGAAGUCGUCUAUCAGGAACUGUCCGUAAGCGCAGUUAGUUUAGAAAGUUCAAGAGUGUACGCAAAAUCAUGUCAGUAAAUGCAUUUUUUCCUUUUUUGGGACAAAUUAUUAACCAUGAUGCAAUUCAACAGUACUAGUAAAAUAGUUAGGUACGUAAAAUACGCGGAAAAAUCUUUCUUCUGAAUGCUACUAGCUCUCUCUUUUAUUCUGAAAAGAUCCGUAUUUCGUUUACUACUUAAUGAGAUUGAUUUAUUCUACCCGGAAGUUUCAAGUGAGAAAACUAUCCAUCGAAAUCGGAAGCCAUACUUGGAAUCAAAACAUAGUACUAUAUCCGUUUUGUUCUGAGAUAUUACUUAACUUUUCUCCACGUAAUUAACGCCCAUUGUCAGUGAAUGGAAUCAAUCAAAAACGAGUUUUGUCGCAAUCACUCCAUUAGGGCUGCAAUUACCUAAAUGUGUAAUAUGAAAUCACACAAUCCAGCCGACCGGAACUCUGAUGUAAACGAUGGUCGUGCAUUACUUAUCCUUUUACUGGUAAUUGCCCUCGGUCUGGAAAUUUCCCAAACACUGGUCCGCAGCUGAAGCACAACCAAAGUUUUACUGUGGAUUUCAAUUCCAUCGCAGCCUUCAAACGAAACUGUCCUGCAGUUUCGGAGUGACCGUCGUUGCGGUAUUCGGUUUAUAGUUUCCUGUUCAAGUGGUUCGAGUGUCGAAACCGUGGUCGUCCGGGACAUCAAGCGAUACGUUUUCAACGUAGGAAAAAUACCUUUCACUGGUCAGCUGCAUCGGUCAGUACGGGUUCCCAUCGAGAGCCUCAGUUUAGUGCAGGAAAGACUUGCGUGUGUUCUUUUUUUUUUCAUACUGCUGCCGCACUGAUUGCAAUUUGCCGGAAAUCGCCUGGAGACAUAAAACUGGUGCAACUAUUACUACUACAACUACGAACGUUCGCUAUGCUACCGAUAAAACCUUUUUAUUACCUAUCGAAACUUUUCGGUCUCUGUCCGUAUCCACUGGAUGCCGGAACCGUUUCGGGAAAAACCCGCACCGGUCAGGCCGGUCAUCUGUUGCCCACGUUCGCGGCACUGCUGUUCUACCACUUCACCAUGGCGAGCAUCUUCUGGCGGAGCGGAGGUGCAUCGGAAAUCUCCGCCGCUGCCAACUGGAUUCAGUUUCUGCCGAACUCGUUUGCGUACGUAUAUGCAAUAGCAUGCGCUCUUCAAAACCGGGCACUUUCCUUAGACAUUCUGAGUACGAUCGAGCUAUGCGAUGAGAAGCUACGCAACCAGCUGGGCAUCUGUUUCAUGGAACCAAACUCUAAAGUAAAACGCUAUACUAUUCUAGCAUCUUUAGUCAUUGUCACCUGCGGCAGUGCACUGUGCGGUUUGAACUUUAUGAUUGGCGUUAAUUGGUCUGAAAUCUGGACGCUCUUCUAUUGGAUCGCAUUCUGUAUGCCGAAGGUCGGUCUGUUGAUUUUCAGUUUCCAGUUCGCUGGCAGCAUAAUGCUCCUGUCCAACCGAUCGAUUCUGUUGCUGAAUGCGAUAGACAAUUAUUUAGGUGAAAUUGAGCAGCAGAUGAAAUGCAAACCGUUGGGUCUGAUCGAUUUUAGUAACCAGGACCCACCGAGCUAUCGGAAGCUGACCCCUGUUGCACCGGUGGUCGGCAGUAUGGUCAAGGUGCGUCCCAUGCUCUCGUCGGACACCAUCGAAACGGUUGGCCAAGUGACCGUACAUCUGCAGCAGCUAGCGACCAAGAUAAACGACUGCUUCGGGAAGCAGGCCAUAUUUUCGCUCCUGUCUGCGUUCAUCAGCAUCACGGUGCAGCUCUACUAUCUGCUGAACCAGAUCCGGACCGAGUUUGCCUACCAGGGAGCGGUGCUUCACGGACUGGCUGCUGGUAGCAUUCUGGUGCUGCACGGGCUCGAGUUUUGGGUGCUGUUCACCAGCGGAGAAAAAGUCCGACACAAGUGGCGAAAGUUGAUCAACUGUGUGUUCCUGGCGAAGGCCAAAUCCAGCGACAGUGAAUAUCGGGCCAAGCUAGACGACUUGAUUGCUUUUAUGACUUGUAACGUACCCGAAUUUCACGCGUAUGGAUUUUUCCCUAUCGACUUUUCCGUUCUGACGGGGAUGGCUUCAUCCAUUACGACCUAUCUGAUUGUUUUGAUUCAGUUCAAGAUCUCUGAAGAGGAAGAGACUGGCACACAAGGAAAAUCAACACAACAAGGAACCGGUCAGUACAGUCCCUUCUUCAUGGGUAAGUGAAGAAGGAGUAGCUCAUACAGAUUUUUGGUAUUCCAAAAGGUUCAAAUCCCGAGAAAUUAUCGUUACUGUAGAAAUGGAUACAUAUAUGAAGUAUUAAUUAAAUGCUU